CUCUCGCGAGACCGGAGGUUGCUGAGCAACCAACGUCAACAGCUCCGUUGAUAAAACUCCAAUGCUACGCUAACUGUGAUGAUCUAAAAGGAGCAAUUAUAUACAGACAUAUCAGUUCAUAUAAUGGAGGAGACAGGACCAGCAGGAGAGGACUCCUUUGAGUCUUUGGACGAGUUCCAGAUGGUCCUCAGUGAGCUGGUUGCGGACAAGAACAUGGACAAGAUUCGGGUGGAGUACGAGAAGCUCAUCCUUGCACUGAAGAAGUCACGAGAGAAUGAAAAGAGACUGAUGUCUAAAUGCAGAGAACUGAAUGCAGAAAUUGUGUCUACCUCAACUAAAGUGGCAGCUGCUCUGAAACUGUCCCAAGAAGAUGAGACAACAAUAACUUCACUAAAGAGGGAGCUGGAUAAAGCUUGGAAAAUGGUUGAUGCUGCUCAUGAUAAAGAGAAAAAGGACAAAGAGACCAUCAGGAAUUUAAAAGAAGAUAUUUCCGACCUAACAAAAAUGGCUGAACAACAAGCAUCCUUCUCCAAGGACCAAGGACAGAGUGAUCUACUAAAAAUGAAUGAGGAGUUGACAAAGGAGAGGGAUCAGCUGCUGUCAACAGCGGAGGGUCUGAGAGAAAAAUUAAACAAGGCCAACACAACCCAGCAAGAGAUAGAGGCCCAAAGAGAGAGUGCCUUGGAAAAUAUUUCUCAGCUCCAGCAGGAGCUUCAGGUACAACAGAAUGAGAUUUCCCGAGAAAUGAGGCUGAAGGAAAAACUUGACAAGGAGGUAAAGCAGCUGCACAUCGACAUGGAGGCCAGGAUGGGUGAUAUCAAAGCUCUGAAUCUGCAGGGCCAAAAGGCCAAAGAAGAGCAGCAAAGACUGGAGCAACAGCUGAAAGAGCUAAAGAUCUUGAAUGAGCGAUCCACCAAGGAGCUGGAGCAGAUGCAGGUGAAGAACUCCAAGCUGCAGCAAGAAUGUGAGCAGCUCUCCACUGCCAAAGAACACCUCUCCCUGGAAAAUCAACAGAAUGCAAAUGAGCUUAAGAUGAGAGAAGAGGAGGUAAGCCAGAUGCGUCAGGAGGUUGCCAAACAAAUAAAGAUGAGAGAAGUCAUCCAGAAGAAGUUCCACCAGAUGGAGGACCAGAAGGCUGAUGUGGAUGUGCACAGGGAGACACUGAAAGCUCAGAUAACUGCUGUGGAGAAAGAUCUGGAAUCUUCCCAAAAGCAAGUGGAGGCUGACAAGAAAGCCAUAGAUGAGCUGAUCCGAGAGAGAGACAUCUUAAAUAAGAACAUGAUCAAAGCCUUACAGUCGACUGAGAAACAGCAGAACCUCGUGAAGCUCCUUGAGCAGGACAAGAAGACCUUGGAGCACGAGAUCAGUGGUUACCGUCAGGAGGCCCAAAAGCAGCGCAAGAUCAUUCAGCAGCUGGAAAAGGAACGUGACCGCUACAUCAACGAGACCAGCAGCCUCAUGCAGAAGGUGCAACAAAAAAUGAAUGAUGUUGAAGUUAGAGAAAUGGAGAUAUUUGACUGGAGGAAGAAAGCCACCGAGGCAGAGUGUACCCUCAGACAGCAAGAGAACCUGCUUGAGUCUGUUGUGUCUGAAAGGAACCUCUACAGCAAAAACCUCAUCGAGGCUCAGGAAGAGAUUGCAGAGAUUAAGAGGAAAAUGAAAACCAUGAACAACCAGGUCACUCGACUGAGAGAUGAGAUCAGUGGGAAAGAGCUGGCCCUUGCCAAGGAUCAGCAGGAGCACAAACGCUUGGAGAAAGAUAGCGAAGCCCUCAAGGUGGAGCUGCAGUCGCUCAAGCAGCAGCUAGAAGAAACAAAACAGCACGUUGACAGUCAGAGAACAGAACAACAAAAACUGCAGAAGAUAAUAGCUGAUGCCGAUGCUGAGCAGAUUCAACAGAAGAAACAACUGGAACAGGUGAUCAGUGAGCGGGACAACCUGGGCAAACAGCUGCUACAUCGCAACGAUGAGCGAGCGUUGCUGUACGAGAAGAUCAGGAUCCAACAGUCAAUCCUGAGCAAAGGAGAUUUCCACUACAACCAGAGGAUGGAAGACAUUCGACUGCUCAAGCUGGAGAUCAAGAGGCUCAGACGCAAGAAGAGCAUCCUGGACAAGACUUUACCCAACACCGAGGGCCUGAGGCAACAGCUUUUCCACCUGCAAAGGCAGCUGCUUAAAGAGAGAACGAGGAACAGUGCUCUUGAGGAACAACUGAAGCCAAUAAAUAUUCACAGAUGGAGGCAACUUGAGGGCAGUGACCCUGGCAAAUACGAGCUCAUCCAGAAGAUUCAGUCCUUACAGAAGCGACUAAUCACCAAAACCCAAGAGCUUGAGGAGCGUGAACUCUUAUUACAGGAAAAGGAGAAGCUGUACGUGGAGCUGAAGCACAUUCUGGCCCGACAGCCUGGUCCAGAAGCAGCUGAGCAGCUCCAGCAGUGCCAGUGGACUAUCAGAGACAGAACUAAAAAGCUUAAGGCACUGAUAGCAGAGCUGAGGAUGCUCGACUCAAAGAUGAAUGAGUGCAAAAGUGAGAAUCAAAGAUUGGCCAAUGAGCUCGCAAACAUUAAGAAGAAGUACCUCAGUCAGAAAAAGCUCCACAGUGAGCAGAGGACCAAGACUAAAGCAGAGCAGCUGGAAGCCCUUCCCCAGCUGAGCAGCAAACCUCACUUCACUGGAGGAGGCUUCAGGAUCGACAACCCUCUGAGGAGAUAAUGGCCAUUAUAAGAGAAGACACCAGUUACUUCAAUUUUGGUCUGUUUUUUUUUUUUUUUUUAAAUUGCUGUUUUACUUAAUGUCACCUUAUCAAAAAGACACAGGUUUCCCAAUACUUUGUACUCUACAAUCAGGCAAUGAUGACCUCUCUACAAUAAUGUAGAUACAUUGAGGGCUUGUGAGGCUGGAAGGGCUAUAGUAAAGCAGUACUGAAUAAGAGCAUCAUUCACCACACUAUGCUGAAAACAAAUCAGUUAAUUUACAACAAGUUCAAGAUGAAAGUUCACAUCAUGUUCAUUCUCAGGUGUUUCUGUAGAAAAAAAAAUGCAGUAUACUGUCUUCAAAAUUCAAGUCAGGUGGAUCAAACUGAUCCAAUCUGAAGUCUUUCACACGGUAUGUACAGAUGUAAAAAGAAAAUGUUUUCCAGCUCAUCACUUCUCUCUACCCUGAUGAAGAUCUCAAGUGAAAUGAACUGACCAUAAUGCUGUUUGAGUAAGGCCCACAAUAGACCUGGUUUUAAUCAUUCAGUUCUCCAAUGUGUUGAGGUUCCUGUGGUCACAGGAGCAGCAAGGAUCUGUUAGGGUUGCACUGCUUCUUUGUUUCAACAUCUAUGUAUACACACUUUUAAAGACAAAACAAAAUGUGAAUAAAGGAAACUUGGGAAGAUUUGGAGAUACUGAGAAGAGCAUUUUUACCUCCUUCCCAGUGAAAGGGAAUAUACUGGUCCCUCCUGCUUUUCAAUGGGGUUUAGUAUUGCCCUGUUUACUGACCAUGCCAGCCACUUGUAGUCCUUCUGAGCUCUACCAUCAGUGUUUCUACAGUAAGGUGACUUACCUACAGUUGAAGACAAAAUGAUUAGCCUCACUAUGAAAUUUUAGGGUUUUUUUCCCCCAAAAAAUUGUUUAAAAAUGUUGUUUCUGUGUGUAAAGUAAAAUAGUCUAAGCAUCCAAAAUAAAACUAGGAUGUUUGGAAAAGCUGUGUUAAAAAUUCCAUGAUCUGCUCAACAGCACUUGGGAAUUUUUUGAACAAAAACUAAAAUUUCAUAGGAGUGCUAAUAAUUUUGUCUUGAACUGUAUAUCUAUAAAAGCACUCGAAAGGCUGAAGCUUACAUGUCUAAACCUUGGACACCAUUCUGAAAUGUAAAGGUUUUAAGGGUCAGACAGGCAUUGCUGUAGUCACUUCCUGGAACUUUUCUUCUAUUCACAUCCUGUCAGAAUUAUGAAAUGUUUUGAUAAUCUGGUACUGGGCCUGUCAUCGGGGUUUCUUCUCUGUCUGAGUGUAUGAAGUUCAUUAUUUGAGUUUUUAUUUAGAUGUAAAGCUUUGUGACCGGUUUAUGCCUCCAGCAUUGCUUUAAUCAAAAGUCUUUAAAUAUUGGGUGCUAAGAAUUCUUUGACCAGAAGUCUGUUUGCUUAACAUUUGGUUAUAAAUAUGAGAUGUGAUGUAGCACCCUGUCUCUUCAAUGCGGUCUUGAAAUGAUGCCCCUGUAAUCACCACUGGAUGUCAGCAAAAUACAGACAAGCACAUUGAAUCUACUUGCAUUCCUUUUUAAAACACAGAUGUAAAUAUUCACUUUUACAUUUACAUGUCUGCUGUGGGGGGGUUGCAGUGUGGCUCGGUGGUUAACACUGUCAGCUCGCAUCUAGAAGAUCGCUAGUUCACAUCCCAGCCUGGGAUCUUUCUGUUUGCAUGUUCUCCCUGUACAUGUGUGGGUUUUCUCCAGGUACUCUGGCUUCCUUCCACAGUCCGAAAUCAUGUUAAGGUUAAUAGGUAACUCGAAAUUGUCCGUAGGUGUCCGUGACCCUAAGGAGGAUUAAGCGGUGUGCAAACAAUGGAUGAAUAUAUUAUUCUAUGAUAGUAUAAAGAUAUGUUUUCAGCAUUGUGAACAAAAUUCAAGUAAUCUCUGGAGAGCAAGAGCUUCUCGGUUUCUCAUUAAAUUUGUUUCAUGAAGGAAAGUGAUAAUUAAAACGCUGUGCUGAUCUCAGGGCUCCUGUCCUCUGCAGCGUGCUGCUGUGAGUGGGUUUGAUAAUCUGUAGAGAUUUAGUUCCUCCAUUACUGUGUCACUUUGUCAAGGAUAUGACACACUGGCACACAUAAAAUUUACAUGAAAAAUAUUCACAAUCUUACACGUCCUCCUCAUAGAGGAUGCAUGUUCUAUCCAGGCAGUGGCAGUGCAGGUAAGACCAGAGCAUGUUCUCGAGAUAACUGGGUUCCACAAUUCUGUUUUCUCCGUUAAAAAAAAAAAUGGGGUAAUCAGAUUUCCCCUGAAAGCUUUGCUAAAGUCAUCACAAAUGUGUCAUCACCAAUGACUGUCUUGUAUUUAUUGUAUUUACUGAUUCUACUUAUGUGUUUUGUAUCUUGCGUUGUUUUAUGUUGUGAAAUUGUUCAAUUCAAUUCAAUUUUAUUUAUAUAGCGCCGAUUACAGUCAAAUUGUCUCAAGACGCUUUACAGAACCCAUAUGCCUGAAAUUUUCUUGGCUUAUCUGGAGUCUUAUACUUUUAAAGAAAAUAUUUACAGUGUGUUC